UGUUUAGAGAUUACAAAUAAAUUAGUCGACAGUUUCAGUUCACGUUUGAUAAGCUAUUGUCUGCUUCUUUAUUCUAUCACAAUCAGUUUGCUAGUUGCUUUCAUCAGAAUAGGUAGCAAUCAUGUCGUACGAGUACAUCGAAAUAGGCGAUCCAGAUUUUUUGGAAAAUCAUAUCCAAAAUGAAGAGCUCGACUAUAUACUAGUGAGGAAACAAUCUUUAGAAAAUGUUCCAAUAGACCAUUGGAAACCACCAGCUUACUGUUUCACCCGAAGGUUUAAAAACUUUGAAAGUGAAUUAACCAAUUUUGAGGUAAAACACGAUGAUGUUUGGGUUGCAUCUUAUCCAAAAAGUGGUACAACGUGGUGCCAAGAAAUGGUGUGGCUGAUAUGCAACGGUCUUAACUACGAUGCUGCCAAGACACAACAUCUGAGAAAGCGAUUUCCAUUUUUAGACAUCAGCUUGAUACACGAUUUACCCGACGGAAGAAGUUCUUUUCAGAAAGUGGAGAGUAUGACAUCUCCAAGGUUCAUUAAAACACAUUUACCCGUGUCAAUGUUACCGAAGCAAUAUUGGGACGUUCUUCCGAAAACGGUUUACGUUCACCGAAAUGUGAAAUCUGUAGCUGUUUCGUAUUAUCAUCACUCCAAAAAUUACUUCUACCGUGGAACGAAGGAGCAGUUUGUCAGAUCGUUUAUGAAAGAUUUACAAUUUUAUUCGCCAAUACAUAGUCACGUGAUUGGCUACCACUCAUUAAAAGGUUGUGAAAAUAUUUUGCAUUUGAGAUAUGAAGAUAUGAAGUUUGAUCUUAAAAAAGUAGCUGAAAAAGUUUGUUCAUUUUUUGGACAUUAUUAUAGUAAUACACAGUUGGAGGGACUGUGUCAACAUUUAUCGUUCGGUUCAAUGAAAAACAAUGUAUCUUGCAAUUAUGAAGACGAAACUGAUGCUACAUGGAUAGAUAAAGAGCCAGAUGAUAGAUUUAUUCGAAGAGGACAGGUGGACAGUUGGAAAAGUGAAUUAACAUCCGAAUUGAAUCGAGAUCUUGAUGAGUGGACUGAAACAUCGGUGAAAGAUAAAAAGCAUCUAAGUUUAUUUUUUGAGUGAAAAUUUAUAUUUCUCACAUAUAUUUUAUAAGCUGUUUACGUAAAAUAGCUUGUAUGAGCCUAAAUACAAGAUGUGAUGUAUGUUAUAAAAAUGUAACAACUGAAGGCAACUGUUUUUA